UCCUCAUUUCGCUGUUUCUGCUGUACUUGCAUGGGCAUUACCGCAAGCUUGAGGAAACUAAACAUGUAGCCUGACAGAUUUCAGGACUGCAGAACAAGUUAUAGCCCCUUUGUGUGGAAAUAAUCGGAUGAGAGAUGGUGUGAUCGAGCGUUUAUCCAGACCCCUCUCACACAGACAUUCAGUGAAGGUGGGUCCGAAUGCCGACGCAUGUGUCAGCUAGCCCGCAUGUUCUUCUACUGUUGCUGUAUAAUCUGAGCCGAAGCGUCCCGUACCUCGACUGCUGUUCGUUCACGGGAGUUUCAUGGAGAUCCGGUCGGAUGACAGCUGGAACUGUGGUUAUAACUGGAGGAAUUCUCGCAACGGUGAUCCUCCUGUGCAUCAUUGUUGUGCUGUGUUACUGUCGCCUUCAGUAUUAUUGCUGUAAGAAGAAUGGCUCUGAUCCAGAUGCUGUUUGCCCACAACCCCAGUUCGCCUUCAACGCAUGCAGCACAUCCCGUGUGGAUGGGACCGCUUCCACCCCUCUCUCCCUGUCGCCAGAGCCCACUCCACCGCAGAGCUUCUGCCCCACCUGCUCCCCAUACGGCUCUCCAUUUUACAUCCACACCAUGGACGAAACGCGCAACGGGGGCGAACGCAUCCCUUACGUGUCGUCGCACUACAACGGUCCGCCCCUGUCUCUCACCCUUCCCUCAUUACACAGCGCGUCAUUGGGCUCUCGAAGCCGACCGGACCUCUACUCUAACACACGUGCCAUAAGCACUGAUGUCUGAUCAGUGACGUCCACCUCAAACACCCCUAAUGUUUCUUUUGUGUACCUGAGCGGCACACGCAUAACAGAGUGAAUGGGGACCAAGGACAGCGAGUACUCCGUUUUUACAUCUGUCUAGCAGCUCAUUGAAAUCAAUAAUCAUACACUCUUAAAAUGCUUGGUUGUUUUAAUUGUAAAAUAUGGACAAACUCAAAUUUUGGGGUUAAACCAACAUUUGGGUUUGUCCAUAUCUGACCCAAAUUUUUUGAGUUUUUAGAGUGUUUAAUUUUUUUAUAGAAAUGUAUACAAAUGCGUUCUUUCUGAAUUUAUUUGACUCUAAUUAAAGGGUGAAUCAUCAUUUACUCACCCUCACGUUGUUCCAAACCUGUAGGAGGUUCUAAAAGCAAACAGUUGUGUUGGUCCCCAUUGACUUCAAUGGAAUGGGAAAAAAAUACUAUGGAAGUCAAUGGAGUCCAUCAACUUUUCCCAUCAACAAUUCUUCAAAAUCUUCUUUUGUGUUCAACAGAAGUAAUUUGAGGGUGAGUAAAUGAUGACAAAUGUUUUUUUGUUUGUUUUUUUGGGUGAAAUAUCCCUUUAAAAUGGAAAAAUAUUUUAUAAAUCUGUAAAACAUUUAAGCAUUAUUAAAACAAGAUAGAUGUUUGAUUAGAGUUUAUUUUUACAUUUUAUUUUCUUGUUUUAGUAGACUUCAUUAAACUGAGUUUAGAUUAAAGUUAGAUGAGACAAAACAAUCUGGGUUUUUUCAAAAACAAGUAACGAAAAUAAAAAAUAAAAUACACAAAAGGAGGAUAGAUAAAAGAAUCAAAUAAAAAACAUAAGUAAACAAAAUAAUAAAAUGUAAAAAAAUAAAUAUUUUGAAAAACAGACAUUACUCUCUGAUUACGUUGCGAUAUGUUUGAACAUCUUUUAAUGGUGUUUAAAUGUUUUUACUGGAAAACAAAAAUAUUGUUUUGCAGUGGAAGGUAAGGGCUCUUAGUUUUCUAUGCGGCCUUAAACAUCUGCCUGGGGCUUUUGAUUUAAGGUCUUUCAGAAAUUUUGAUAUUUUGGGCUUCCGGUUAUGGGCUAAUGUAUGAGGGCUAUCCUACACAACUUACAUAUUUUGGGCAUUUUUUGUUAUUGUGCCACAAUUAAACUUUAUUUACAAACAUUCUAAUCAUUUUUUAUUUUAUUCUCUGCAAUGCCACUUGGUGGCGCUAGAGGUGCAGAGAUGUCACCUUUAAUUCAUUUCUUAGUGGUCUCUAUGCAAGUUGAAUUUAAUAACAUACUCUAGGUAUGAAGAGGGAUUUGAGUGACUGUUUAGGGACUUUAGUCCAUGACGAGAUGUCAUUUAUUGUUGUAUUUAUGAUACGCUUUUCUUUUUAUUACAUGCAAAAAUGGAAUAUGUCAAAUAGUCUAUACAGCCUAUUAUGUAUUUAUUUGUGAACUUUCACCAAACUUUUAUUUGGUCAAACAAUGGCUGUUAGUUUGAGUUUAUGUAAAUGAUGCUAGCUUGAUCAUAAUUGUAUCUUGGAUGUGAUGAUUGAAAUUGGUAGCAAUGUUGAUUUCUAUGUUUAGGCAAAUAUUUUUACUGUAUUGUCUUUAGUUGUAUAGCACAUAAGCAAUGUUUUACAGAUGAACCAGUGAGCAAAUAAAGAAAUAAAGAAUA